UCCGUGUGUCCGGACAUGUGCAGAUACUGACGCUUGUCGCAGUUUUAUCGACGAUGGGAAGUGUGUGCCGUACUGCCCCCCAACCAUUAUUUACGACUUUCGACAGAUGAUCAACAUAAUAAAUCCCGAUGCCAAGUUUGCAUAUGGCGGCAUCUGCGUUAAAGAAUGUCCAGAUUUUGACAGUGCGUUCUGCUUGAAGACAAUACAAAAAUGUUAAGGCAAAAGACUUACACAGAUAGAACCCUAGGACCGGGUUCUAUUGAGGAUGUGUAUGUUACCUUUGUCAAAGAUCCUCACAACUUCUUUGUACAACUGGAAAGCAGUGCAGACACUCUAGAAAAGGUUUCUAAUCAACUCCAGGAAUACUACAAAAGCAAAGAUGGAGGUGUCUUAACGUCAUGGGAUUUACAAGCACCCUGUGUUGCUCUAUACUCAAAUACUAGCUGGUAUGGCUGCCAGAUUACAGGUCAUCCAGUGGAAAAUGUGUUGGAAGUUCAGUUUGUGGAUUUUGGAAAUACAGAUUUUGUGUCUGUAGAGAAUGUACGCUGCUUGCCUCCUAAUCUCCUCUCAGAACCCAAGCUUAGCUUUCACUGUGAACUGCAGGGUAUGGCACCAUUGCAGAACUUCUGGUCUCCUGAACACAUUGCACAGUUUGAGGACCUUGUUCUUGACAAAUCGGUCACAACUGUCUUGAAAAGUUACAAUGCUAGUACCAACACAUACAUGGUGCAGCUGAUGGGAGAAAAUGAUGAGAACCUGAACCACCAGUUUUGCCUACUGGCAGAGCUAGAAAUGUCCUGCUCAGAGACUGGGGGUGGGAACAAACUUGGUAGUUCUCGCAGUGUGCAGGCAAGUGGUGACAAGGAUCUUCAGGUGACCAUCCGUGCUGGUAGCUUCCCCAAACCAACAUGUGGCAUUGCCAAGUCACUAGGUGUUGAAGCAGAUGGACAUGUAGCAACCUCACCAAGACCUCUUCAGCAUGUUAGAUUGAAUGUUGGAGAAAAGGUGGAGUUCACAGUUAUGUUUGUUAAAAGCCCUGUGGAAUUUUGAGGCCAGCAAGUUUAGUCAGCAAAAUGCACGAAUGUCAAAAGAGCUGAAUUCUGAGUACAGCACAUUGGGAAUGAGAGAUCUUGCUAUUCGUGUACUCCAGCAAGGUUAUGUAUGUGCUGCACUGUCAUCUGCUGAUGAGACUUGGUACAGAGCCAUCAUAGAGAAGGUGUCUGGCCAAGAUGUCUCUGUAUUUUUCCCUAGACUAUGGUAACAGAGAUUGUCUCUGUAGCUAAUGUGAAAGAACUGAAGGAAACGUUUCGGGGUCUUCCAGCACAAGCUGUGAAAUGCUCACUUCAUCGCAUUGUUCCUACUAGUGGUAUGUGGAACAAUGAUGCUGCAAAAGAUCUUUGAGGAGCUUGUGAUGGAUCAUACAUUCAUGGCCAACAUACUUAAUCGAGAUACUCAGGAAAGUUACAUGGUCCAGCUGUUUGACAUGAUUGGAAAGAAGGAUGUUGUCUCGACUUUUCUGAGAAUGUCUUUCUUCUGAUGUUCAUGCUAUAACAUCAGGCAUCAACAUAAGUACUGGAAUUAUCAUGAAAGGAACCAGUCCUCCAAAAUUACCUGUCCUCUCCGUUACAACUACUACUUCAGUAUCAGUGUUUCUUAGCUGGGUGAGAUAACCAGAAGAAUUCUACAUUCAGUUUGCUGAUAACCAAUCAGUUCUGGAGAGACUGACUGAUGGUCUGCAGGAGUUCUAUACAAGUCCUAAAGCUGUUCCUGCUUCUUUGCUACAUUUAGGUUCUUUAGUUGCUGCAAAGUUUUCAGAAGAUGGGGCCUGGUACCGUGGAAGUAUUUUGUAUCUUGGUCAAGAUGCAACAGUGGAAUUUGUAGACUUUAGAAAUUCUGAAAAAGUGUCACUGGCGGAUUUACGACAGUUAGAUUCCCAAUUUUCACACAUACUGGCACAGGCUAUCUGUUGUUGCUUAGAUGGUGUACAUCCUCUGCAAGGACAGGCAUGGAAUGUUGAUGCAAAAGAUUUCUUGGAAAGGCUAACAGAGAAUGGAGCAACAUGUAAAAUUCUUGGUUGCAAGAAAGCUAAAUACUUGGUGAAGCUUGAAGCUCACAGCAGAGACAUUGGUGAAGAAAUGGCAGCUCUUUCUGUGGGGCACUGAACGCCAGAGCCAGCACCAACUGGUCACACCAAGCAAUUCACACAAGGACAAUUUUUUGUGCAAGGACAAUUUACCAAGGUGUAUGUGUCGCACUCAGAGUCUGUGGAGAACUUUUAUGUCCAGCUGUCUACAAACAUGGAUAACCUUGACAGUUUGAUGUCAGACCUGAAUGGUCAGAGCUCCAGUAUUCAG